AACUGAAAGACGAAGAAGAAAAGAAGCAGGAUUUUCAGCGUGAGUGAAGUUUGCAAUUGAAUGAGUAAGUCCGGAUCGAGAACAAACCGACAAUGCUGUCUGUAAACAUCCUGCGUGCAUUACGAGCCUGUAGUGUUCCUCAGUCGUUCACUAUCCUCCAGCUGAGACACGCCGCGGGGCUCGCCGUGUCCAGCGGCGGAGGGGGGAGAGAGAAGCAGCUAACGCUCCAUGCUGUCAGAAGGUCAUUCCCCAUGCUCCACCAGAUGCAGUCCCACUGUCCAUCCACACGAUGUCUCUCCACGCCGCCCCACUCCAGUGAGGGGAACCUCAUUUACACUGGCAGCCUGGGCACUGCUGUUCGGGGGGUGAAAUUCUUCUCUUACAGCACCAGUGGUGCCAGCCUCUUCCUCAUGCCACAAAUCCUCCUGAAAACGGGACUAGGAGUCCAGAGCUUCGCCCUCCAGGCCGCUUUCUGCGGAGUAAUUGGUGUCUUUACCUUCCUCACCCCCGUCCUCCUCCACCUCAUUACCAAGGGCUACGUGAUCCGCCUGUACCACAACCCAGACAGAGAUACUUACACUGCCAUCACCUACAGUGUUUUCCUCACUGAAACAAAGUGGGAGUUCCACCAGAGCCAGGUCAGGAUCCCAGCUGUCAGCAAGAUGUUCACCACCUUCUAUGCUGACAAAGUCGGACUCUUAGUAAACCCGGACUUGUUCCCAAUCCCACAUGACUACAACCAUCUGAUGGGCUAUGAUAAGCCCUUCAGCUUUAGCACAGACGACAUGGACCAAUCUGAGAAGAGCUGAAAGACAGGCUGAAUGUGUGAAUGUUGGUAUAUCUGUUCAAACUGUGCAGCACAUACUCUCUGUUUUUACCAGGUGGAAACAUCCAACCAAAAAAAAAUCCUGAACUAGGACUCCAGAUAUUUUUUGUCAAUAUAUUGAUGGUUAUUUAGUAUUAAUAAAUUGUGACUUCAUUACCAUGA